AUGAAUGGGUGUUUUGGUUGCUGGGAGCAAGAGAGAAUUGCUCUCAUGCAACUUAAAGCUUCCAUGAUCAACUGCUCAUAUGGAAACCAUAAUUUUGCAUCUUGGGACUCAACCAACAAAGAGAGUGAUUGCUGUGAGUGGGAAAGAGUCAAGUGCAACAUCACUACUGGACAUGUAAUCCAACUUGAUCUUAAUCAAGUGUGCUCUUGGUCUCCUUUGUAUUCCGAAAGUCCAAGUUGGUACCUGAAUGCCUCUCUAUUUCUUCCUUUUGAAGAGCUCAAAUACCUCCAUUUGAGGGAUAAUUUCAUUUCUGGAUGGGUCUCAAAUGAAGGUUUUGAAAGAUUCCCCAUGUUGAGCAAGCUGGAGGUGCUUGAUUUGAAUGGUAAUAAUUUCAAUAACAGUAUUCUGUCAUCAUUCAGUGCAAUGGCCUCGCUUAAGAAACUAGAUUUGAGUUACAAUAAUUUGCAUGGAGCAAUAAUCGACAUCCGAGAAUUUAAAGCAUUUAGCAGCUUGGAGGAGCUCUACUUAAUGGGAAAUUGGAUCAGUGGAUUCGUGGCAAUAAAAGAGUUGGGUGCACUAAACAAGCUAAAGCAGUUGCGUUUGGAUGAUUCAUCCAUUGAUAAAAGCUUCCUUCAUAUGGUCGGAGUUCUCACUUCUCUUAAUGUAUUGACAAUGUCACACUGUGGAUUCAGUGGCAGUUUACCUGCCCAAGGCUGGUGUGAACUUAAGAAACUCCAAGAGAUAGACAUCAGUCACAAUCAUUUUGAUGGGAUACUGCCUUCAUGUUUGGCGAAUUUGACAUCACUUCAAGUAUUGGAUCUCUCUUAUAAUCACUUCAAUGGGAACAUUGCCCUCUCCCAAUUAUCCAGUUGGACAUCACUUGAAUACCUUUCUUUGUCAAAUAAUGACUUCUUGAACCCUAUCAGUUUGUCCUGGUUUUUCAACCACUCAAAUCUUAAAGUCCUAUUAAGUGAGAACAAUAAAAUAGCUUUCGAACCUAACUCUCAUGGUGGGACUCCAACCUUCCAGUUGGAAUUUCUCGUUAUGUCUAACUGUUCAUUUGACGGACUCAAAAGAACACCCAGAUUUCUUCAAUACCAAUAUGAUUUGCAAGUAGUUGAUCUCUCCUUCAACAAUUUGGUUGGGAAGAUCCCUACUUGGUUGGUAGAGAACAACACAAGAUUGGUCUGUCUUGUUUUAAUGAAUAACUCUUUCACAGGGCCUUUCAGGGUGUCAAAUGAUAUUCGUCCCAACAUUAGGUACACUGAUAUUGCAGUUAAUUACAUAGAAGGCCCAAUUCCAGCAAACUUCAGUUUAAUUUUUCCAAAUUUAGAGUACUUAAACAUGUCCAACAAUGCACUUCAAGGAAGUAUUCCUUCUUCCUUUGGGAAUUUGGUUUCCUUAUGGAUUCUAGACUUGUCUAAGAACCAAUUAUCAGGAACAAUACCAAUGCAUUUCGCAGUCGGCUGCGACUCAUUAGCAUUUCUCAAAUUGAAAGAUCCCGAAAAGCAUCUCAAUAGUAAGUUAUGGGUCAAUUGA